AUGGCUUUGGCGGAGCAGCGUGAGGAGGAAAAGUGGGAGCAACUCAUGGCGAGCGUGGAUCUCCUAUUUGCCAGAGUUGGCUCAAUUGAUCGCAACCAACAGCAGAUCAACGCUCAGUUGGAUUUGAGUGCUCAGGUGAUGGAGCGUGUGCUGCAGGACCAACAAACUCUGGCCAAGCAGAUGGAGCUUACCGGCCAAGUGGUGGCUUGGAAGUACCACCUCCUGAACAUCGCGACUCUCAUCGGUCUCACUCAGAUCAUCACAGUUUCUCCCAUUACUAUGCACAAUACAGGAAUGGACCAGGUGUAUUUUGUCACUCAGUUCAUCGAAGGACUUAAACCUGAAUUGAGAGCUGGGGUGCAGUCUCAAGUCCCUGAAGAUAUGAGGAAGUAUGCUGUGGAAUAUAUGGACAAAGGCAGUCUGAUCAAGUUGCACGGGGUACAACCAUCUCCAUUAGCUGUCUCCCCUGUGUCAGCUACUAAGUUGAUGAAGCUUCACAAAGGAAAUGAUGUCUGGGCAUUGGCUAUGGUCCACUUGUCUACUCCAUCAGACAGUAAUCAACCUGAGGAAGUCAAAUCUUUACUACAAGAAUUUGAAGAUGUGUUCUCCAAGCCAUCUAGCCUCCCACCUAAGAGGCCUUAUGAUCAUACUAUCCCAUUACUUCCAGAUGCAGUGCCAGUGAACUCUAAGCCUUACAGAUAUUCUCCUAUGCACAAAGAUAAGAUAGAGAGGCAAGUCAGGGAACUGUUGGCAGCUGGACUGAUCACCCACAUUGAGAAAUGGAGGUCAUAUUUGCAAAGACAAGAGUUCCUCAUAAGAACUGAUCACAAGAGUUUAUCCUACUUGACAGAACAGAAUAUACACUCUGAUCUACAGAGGAAGGCUAUGACACGGCUGAUGGGGUUACAAUUUAAAGUGGUCUAUAAAAAGGGAAUUGAUAAUACAGCUGCAGAUGCAUUAUCUAGAGUGGGGCACUUGAUGGCACUACAAGCAGUAUCUGAGGCAACUCCACUAUGGAUUCAGGAGGUGCUGAACUCCUACUAUACAGAUUCUGAAGCUCAAUCCUUACUGCAGUCCCUUGCCAUUCAUUCUCCCAAUGCUCAGGGCUACUAUCUGGACAAUGGAAUCAUCAAGAAGGACAACCAUAUCUGGCUUGCCAAUAAUUCUGCUCUUAGAACCAAAGUCAUUUAUGCAUUUCAUUCUAGUCCCAUUGGAGGCCAUUCUGGUAUUACUAUCACUUAUCACAAGGUGAAACAGCUGUUCUUUUGGAAGGGCAUGCGCCAACAGGUGGAGGAUUUUGUCAAACAAUGCGGCAUUUGUCAGCAAGCUAAACAUGAACAUUGA